GGAGAAGAGCAAUGUCAUUCCACUUCACCUACAGGAAAAUCCUGUAGGAAUGCAAGCAGGAGAGAAGUUUAAAAGAAUAAAAUUUCCCUGCUGAUCCCUGCUGCCUUUAAACACCACUCAGCUGCAAAGAACUUUCUUGUGGAAGUUUCAAGUUAUGUUGCUCUGAAAUGUGAAUUUUUUAAAGGAAGUUAAAAACAGAUGGAUGAGGUGGAGUGGAAGGCACAUUAUCUGGAAAAUGUGAAAAUGCACUGGCUACAUUUUGCUUUUUUGUAAAAUUACGAAACAUGAAAUAAAGCCUUGGAAAUGGCUCUCCAAAAGAUAGGCCUAAUCUUGCAGAGCUAGAACUAAUGCAGAGCAGCUGGAAGUAGUUAAAAUUUGGAACCACUGCUGAUUUGGUUGCAUUCUCCAACAUGACCAAUCCUCAGCCUACAAUUGAAAGCAGUGUUUCAGAAGUUGAGAUCAUUUCCCAACAAGUGGAAGAAGAGACCAAAAGCAUUGCUCCUGUGCAGCUUGUUAAUUUUGCUUAUCGAGAUCUACCUUUAGCUGCACUUGAUCUGUCUGUGGCUGGGUCCCAGCUUUUGCCAAAUUUGGAUGAGGAGUACCAAAGAGAAGGAUCUAACUGGCUAAAACCGUGCUGUGGGAGACGAGCAGCUGUGUGGCAGGUAUUUUUGCUCAGUGCAAGUCUCAACAGUUUCCUGGUAGCCUGUGUAGUAUUGGUGGUGAUUCUUCUGACUCUGGAACUCCUAAUAGAUAUAAAGCUUCUCCAGUUUUCAAGUGCUUCCCAGUUUGCAGGAGUAAUUCACUGGAUCAGCCUAGUCAUCCUCUCUGUUUUCUUUUCAGAGACUAUUUUGAGGAUUGUGGUCCUUGGCAUAUGGGAUUACAUUGAAAACAAAAUAGAGGUGUUUGAUGGUGCUAUCAUAAUCUUGUCCUUGGCACCAAUGGUGGCCUCAACAGUGGCCAAUGGCCCCAGCAGCCCGUGGGAUGCCAUCAGCCUUAUCAUCACUCUGAGGAUAUGGAGAGUGAAGAGGAUCAUUGAUGCCUAUGUCCUUCCAGUGAAAGUGGAGAUGGAGAUGAUGAUUCAGCAAUAUGAGAAGGCAAAAGUUAUUCAAGAUGAGCAGCUGGAAAGACUCACCCAGAUCUGCCAAGAACAAGGGUUUGAAAUCAGGCAGCUGAGGGCCCACCUUGCUCAGCAGGACUUGGACCUGGCUGCAGAGAGAGAGGCUGCCCUGCAGGCCCCACACGUGCUGAACAAGCAGAGCAGCAAGAGGUACAAGGUGGUGGCCACCGAGGACUCGGACGACGAAGCCACCGAGAACAUCUCUGAGCUGCGAGCUGCACGAGAGGACGACAUGAAUAAUUACAUCAGUCGGUACUACAGCGAGCCCAGCAGUGACAGCGGAGUCCCCGAGGCCGCCAUCUGUGUGGUGACCACGGCCGCCAUCGACGUGCACCGGCCCAACAUCUCCUCGGAGCUGUUCGCGGUGGAGGUGCCGCUGCGCCUGGGCAGCACCGGGACCUCGGCCAGCCUCACGUCGGGCAGCGCCUCUCGCUCCACGGCCAGCUCGGGCACGCGGGGCUGCAGCGAGAGCAGCCCGACCCUGGGCUCGUCCCCGGACUGCAGCGCGGCCUGCGAGCAGCCUCGGCCCGACAUGGCGCCCGCCCGGCAGCGCGCCGUGCAGGAGCUGCUCUCGUCCCUGUCGGAGGAGGCGUGCCUGGCGCAGAAGGGGCUGGAUCCCAUCAACCUGAAGCUGCCCAGCCCGGCUGGCUCGGUGGGGGCCAGCCCCGACCUGGGCCACCGGCUCAGCGUCUACAACCGCAGGAACCAGGAGAGUCUUGAUGUCUUCCAGCUCAAGCCGCUCCUCGACUGCCCCCAGGGUGCCCCCACGAUCGAGGAGAAGUACGGGGCGCUGGGGCCCCCAGAGCCGCGGCUGGGCAGGGUGCCCGAGGCAUAGGGCCCGCCCUGGGGACUCCUGAGGGGACACGCUCACCACGCUGGCCAUGAGGCUGCCACAGCUGAGGUGGCGGUGCUGAAGCACCUGUGCCAUCUGCCGCAAUGGCCACCAGCCCAGGGCACGGCCAGAUCGCCUCUGCUCCCCCGUGCCUGUGGCACACCAGACCUGCCCUGCUGCCAGCUCCGGGCCAGCCGGGACCUACAGCGGCCAUCUGGGAACAAUGGACCCUCCAGCAGUCUUAGGGCACAAUGGACCCACGGGGCCUGGAGGGACAAACGGACAAUGCCGGGAACAGCGUGGAACUCCCACCGGUCCGGGGCCAGCACGAGCCCCGCGGUGCCGGGGGCAGGACAGAGCUGCUGGACAGCUUGGGCCCAGCCUGGCUCCCCAGCCUGACCCUGCCCAGGGCCUGAGCGGGACUGGGAGGGCUGUGGAGAUGGGAAUAAACACUGACAAACACA